AUGUUGAUCGACGAACAAAAUCUUGAUCAAAUAAUAAGUACAAUUCGAGCAGUUCACCAAAUGACAAUUGAUCAUAGAUUGAUUGAUUUGACUGAAUAUUUGACUGAAUUUUUCCAAUCUAUUCAACCACAACAAUCAAAUUUAUUUCGUAUAUUAACAUGUCUUCUACAUGAUUAUCAAGAUUGUGCAGCAUUAAAAAUAGAAUUUCUCAAAGCAAAUUGUUUAGAAACAAUUUAUCAAAAAUUAAAUAAUAAUGCAGAUAAUAUAAUAUCAAUUUUAGAAUUUAUUACUGAACUUUUAAAUAAUUCUGAAAAUGUUCAAGAAAAAUUCCUCAAAUUUAAUGGUUAUGAGAAAUUUUUUUCUUCACUUCGUUAUAUACAUUCAGUAACCAACAAUUUUAUUGAUCAAUUAUUAAUUCUUAUGAUUCAAAAAUCAACAUUACAAAGAAGUGGCCAUUCAUUAGCAUCAAUAAUGGACUCCUAUAUUAUUUUUAUUAACCCACAUAUUACUGUGUCACUUAUACAUUGGAUACCGUAUUUAAUUGAUGCAUCAUUUCAACAAUAUAUUAUAUCUUCAAUAACUAAAAUUGUAUUACGUUCAUUACAAAAUAAAAUGAUGGCUUGUUCAAACGGGAUUAUUCUUGCUUUACUUCAAAUAUUAAAUAAUACUGAUGAGAAUUCAAAUAAACUCGAAGAAAACGUUUUAGUUGAUAUUUUUUUCUUAUUAGAAAAUUUAUCUCGAUUUUCAAUAAGUCCACAAGAAAUUCGAUAUACAUGCCAAUUAUUUCAUCGAAAUUCAUUAUUUAAAAAACAGUUAUUAGAAUUUUUAAUAAAAUCAGCUAAACAUGAUGAUCCAGAUGUACAAUGUACUUCAUCUUAUUUCGAUUUACAACAAGCAAAUAGUGGAAUUAUUUUGCCGACUAUUCGUCGAUGGUCAUCAUUAUCACCAGCUCAUCAUUUUUCAUUUCAUUGUUGGUUGAAACUUAAUCAUGAAGUUCAUUCAUAUCCAUUUGAAGGACGUCGUCAAAUCUAUUCGUUCUACUCGGAUUCGAUGGGUUUAGAAGCAUUUAUACGUAGUUCAUCACUAUUCGUAUCGAUAAGCGAUCACCGUGAACUUGUUUAUAUUGAGUUAAAUGAUUGUAAUGAUUUAAUUGAUGGUUGUUGGCAUUCGCUAACAAUUGUUCAUAAAGCACUACGACCAUCUUUAUUUGGUUCAGCAUUUCAAACAGCUCAACUAUGCCAUUUAACUAUUUAUAUUGAUGGUUUAAUAAGAAAAGAAAUCAAGGAUUUUAAAUAUAUAUCAUUUCCAAAUGACUCAAUUGAUUUAGCCUCAAUUGGUUCACCAAGUCAACGUCCAAAAUCAUCAGUAUUAAAAAUGAAGACUGAAUCGUUAUCAACAACAAUCGUCAAAUCAAUACAACCGUUAAAAGGAUUACUUUCAUCGAAAACGAAAAAUUCAAAUAAUCGGAAGGAAAGUCAUGGACUUUAUUCACAAAAUGUCAUAAUUAUUGAUCCAAAUGUUGAAGACACGAUAUUUGGUCCAUCAACUUGCUUAUUUGGACAAUUAGCUUGUGUUUGGAUCUUAGCGGAAACAUUAGAUGAGGUUCACGUAAAGCAUUUGCAUACUAUGGGUAGUGAUUUUUGUCGGCAAUCGUAUUCAUCGGUGUUUCGUGAUAAUAAUUCAAAAUCGGAAACUAUAUUUGAUCUUCUUUUAACUCAUUCAUUGCUAGCGUACCAUCCAUUAGCAUGCAAUGGCCACACAUGCAUUGAUAUAUCAGGCAGUUCUUCUCGAUUAAAUGGUCGACUCAUCAAUGGUUUAUGUUUACGUGUUCAUUCAUUUUCUCAAUCAAUCCUUAAUUUAGGUGGUUGUCCAAUACUUUAUCCAUUGAUCGAAUUGUUCCAAGAAAAUGAUUACGAUGACGCAGAAAACAUCUUACUCUCAACUGAAUGUAAAGAUUUAAAGAAGUCUUCAUCGAAUAUCAAUGCACAGUUAUAUUCUAAUCCGAUAGCAUCAAUAAUUUAUUUGAUUCGUUGUAUUCUAUCAUCUUCGUCGGCAAAGAUUUUAAUUGAACAAAUGACCAAACAACACAAUAUUGAACUAUUAGGAAAAUAUUUAAUAAAUAUUUCACCGUGCUUUAUUGACAAACAGUUAUUAGUUUCCAUUGAACAAUUCAUUGAAUCAAGUCAAUGUAUAGAUUCAUCCUAUUUAUUAACAGAUCAAUUAAUUCAAUAUAUUUUAUUUGAUUUUAAUUUAUGGAAUAAAUCUACAUUUCAUGUACGACUGUUACAUUUACAGUAUUUAUCAAUAAUUAUACAAUAUAAUAAAAAAUUUAAUCAAGAAAACUUUGGUGUACAGUAUUUUUUAGAUAUUGUUAAACAACAUUUUAAAGACGAUACAGAUGAACAACAACAAUUACGUAAUUCUAUUUAUGGAAUAGUUAAAUAUUUUAUUCAAAGUUCUAUUCGUAUACAAGAUUUAAAUGCACUUCUCUCUACGAUAUCAACGUUAUCGCUAUCAAAUGAUACGCUUACUCAUGAACUACUUGAUGUUAUUCUAGUCUUACUUGAAACAUCAUCAAUAAUGACUGAAAGAAUAAUUGAACUUCUCUGUAAACCCAACAUGGCUGAAGGAUUGUAUUCUCUGUUAGUUGUAAAUACUUUAUCCAGUGAAACAAAAGAAAUUGUUUUGAAAAUAAUGAAAUAUUUUUGUGAAUCUAAACGAGUACCAGAACAAGUACGAGCUCAAUUACGAUUAGAAACAAAAAAUAUUGGAUUUGGUGGUAUUAUCUCUGGAAUGACACAGAGCGAAUUAGAUUCAUCGAUGAUUCAAGAAAUUCUUAAUUUAAUUAUUACCUCUAAUUCAAUGAUUGCUAUUCAUCAUCUGAAUAUUAUUUUAACACUUUGUAGUGCUGCAUCUUUGAGUGUUCGUUGUAUAGCUGUGCGUACGCUAAUUACAUAUUUUAUCAAUCAACCAUCUGCGUGUCAAUGCUAUGCUAAAUGUUAUGGAUGGCAAGAAACAUUAGCUAAUUUUUUUGUUAAAACUCGCCGUUCGAGUAUAGUACAACUAUUACCAGAUGAAGUCGUAUCCAAUAAUGUUUCAUCAACAUACAAAAUCAGUCAAGAUCUUAAUUCAAGACAAAGUAGUUCCGAUCUUGAAAAUAUCAAUGAUAAACAUAUAAACUUGACACCAAUAUCAAUAUUUGAUAUAGAAUCAAGUUCAGAGGAUCCAUCACAAGAGACACGCGAUCAAAAUUUGAAUUUAUCACCAGUUGCUAAUACAAUAAUGGACUUAAAUUCAAAAUUAACAAAUACAUCUUUAGAAAAUUCCUUAAUAUCAAAUUGUUUUGAUACAUCGGUAGCUCUUUUAGAUAAUAAAGAAGAGGAAAAUAUUGAUGUGCACUUAUUUUCGAAUGAAGUAAUGACACCGUCGCAAUCAAGUUUUUCAAGUAGAGAAGAUCUGCUAUUGCUUAAAACAGAGAAUUUAAAUGGCAUUGUUUCUGAAAUGAGUUCGAACAACAGUGAUUUAUCGUCAUCAUUACCACGAAUAACUACCAUGACAAGUGUAAGCAAUGUUGAAGAUUCAACAUUUAAUGUUCGCUCAUCUGUCAAUAGUGAUGACGAUAGCAAUCUUGAAGAAAUGUGCGAAACAUUAAUCUUAGUAAUUGUUAUGAUUGUAUGGAAAGGAAUUGACGAUUGUGAUAAUGCUGCUUGGGUGAAUCGUGGCCAAAUAUUUUCGGCACUUCGUCAUCUUCAUCGCCAAUACGAUUUGUAUUUACCAUUAGAUUAUAUUGAACGACGUAUAUUAGAACUAAGUAUGGAAGCCUGUUUAAAUGAUCUCAAAUUAGAUGGAGGUAAACAAACACCAGCUUUUGAAAUCAACUGCCAUGAAUUAAUAAAACUUGUUUAUGAUUUUCUUUCACAAUCAUCAGAUAAUAGCGAAAGAAUAACUGAGAAUAUUGUCAAUGGAAUCAUUCCAAUACUUGAUACAAUGCUUUUAUUUCAAAACGGUCGUAUGGAUAGUGAAUCAAUAAGUGUAUGGAGAUCGUCUGAUGGUUAUUGGUCAGAAACAUAUUUAACUGGUCUUCAUAUUCUUCUCAUUCUUCUUACUCAUUCGAAUGCAUCAUUUUGUCGGCAAGCAUCCAUUCGUAUUCAUUCAUUAUUAAAUUGUCGUCCGUUAAAUGGACGAGAAGAAGCUGCUUAUCUUUUAUCAAAUGUUAACAAUAUGCUUUCAACAAUUUCAAAUAUUGAGGAUUCUGAACAUUAUACAUAUCUAUUAUCAUUAAUGAAAAUAAUUAUGGAUAAAUCGUCGAAUUUAUUACAAAUCGACUUAUUCCUAUCGAAUAUUCCUGGAUGUCAAAGAAAAUUUACAACAUUAGAUGAUUUACGUCAAUGUAUCUCAUCAACAAAUCAUGAAGAAUGGCAAAAAUUUAUUCAAAAUAUUACUGAACCGUAUGCUGAUCAUUAUCAAUCAAUGUCUGUAAAACCAUUUCAGAUGAAUAUGAAAAUUUGGUGGAAUCAGUGUCAUGAAAUGAUGAAUAUAGGCAUUCAGAAACGUAAUCGACAAAUUGAAGUAGAAAAAUUUAAAUUUCAAAAUCAUAUUAUUCAACCAUGGUAUCAACGCCGUCAUUUCGAUGAUCAACGAACAUUAAAAUUAAAGGAACAAAAUCGCAUUCAUCAAAUCUAUGUUGAGAAUGAAUUGAACAAUCGAAAGAAAUAUCUCUAUGGUGAACGUGGUCUAUAUUUAAAUGAUAAAAAUAUUCAAGAACGUCACUGGAUGUUGUCGAAUCGCGAGAAUGCUCAUCGAAUGAGAUGUAAACUUAUUGAAAAUGAUUAUUUCAGUAAUCAUGAAGAAUCAAGUCGAUUACGUGAUAACUUAAGUAUUAUUACAAUAGAUCAAACUCAGCAAAAUACUUCAAAUACAACUUCAAAAAUCGAACAAAAACGAAAUGGGAUUGAUGAACAUGAACUUUUCUAUGCUUCAAAUGAAAGUAAAUUAUAUUUUUUGGAAGAAAAAGAAAAUAUUCUUAUUGGAACAAAAUGCUCUUUAAUAACUUCAACAUCCAUAGCAGAUGGUGAAUUUAUAAUAACAGAUAGAUUUGUAUAUUUCUUUGAUUUAACACUAUCAAAAUCUUGUCAAAAUAAUUUCAAAUAUCCAUUAUCAUGGCUACAAGAUAUUCUUUUACGCCGAUAUAAUUUACGUCCGACAGCAUUAGAAUUUUUUCUUAUCAAUCAAACAAAUUUUCUUCUAAAUUUUGAUAAAAAUCUUGCAAAUUAUGACAAAAGAAUAUGUCGAAAAAUCAUUCAAAAGUUGAUGUCAUUCAAAUUACCAUCAACAAUAAGUCUUUUCUCAAGUUUAGGAACAACAAUGAUACCAUCCGAAAUUUUAAAAGAAUCAAAAAUAACACAAAAAUGGCUUACGCAUGAACUAUCAAAUUUUGAUUACUUAAUGAUGUUGAAUACAAUUGCCGGACGCACUUAUAAUGAUUUAAAUCAAUAUCCAAUAUUUCCAUGGGUAUUGAAAGAUUAUACAUCACAAGUAUUAGAUAUCAAUAAUCCAAAUGUUUUUCGAGAUUUUUCAAAACCAAUUGGAAUUCAAAAUCCAAAACAUAUUGAAGAAGUUAAAUCAAAAUAUGAAUCAUUUGAUGAUCCAUCUGGUUUGAUAAGAAAAUUUCAUUAUGGUACACAUUAUUCAAAUGCAGCAAGUGUGAUGCAUUAUCUUAUUCGCAUGGAACCAUUUACUACUUUACAUAUUCAAUUACAAAGUGGAAAAUUUGACAUAGCAGAUCGACAAUUUCAUUCGUUUCAAUCAUCAUGGACAAAUAUAAUGGAUUCACCUAAUGAUGGAAAAGAAUUGAUACCGGAAUUUUUUUAUCUACCCGAAUUUCUCGUAAAUUCGAAUAGAUUUGAUUUAGGAAAACUUCAAUCUAAUAAUCAAGAAUUAAAUGAUGUUCAACUGCCACCAUGGGCCCAUAAUUCACCAGAAGAAUUUAUUCGUUUACACCGUUUAGCGCUCGAAUCAGAUUAUGUAUCAGCACAUCUUCAUGAAUGGAUUGAUCUUAUUUUUGGUUAUAAACAAAAUGGACAAGCAGCUAUAGAUGCAAUUAAUGUAUUUAUGUAUUAUUCAUAUGAAAAAGUUUUCGAUACUGAUACUAUCGAUGAUUGUGUAACACGCGAAGCUAUUGCUGGUAUGAUACAAAAUUUUGGACGAAUUCCAUCUCAAUUAUUUACUGAACCACAUUCACAACGACAAACACGUGAACAAGCAACAUUUAAUUUACAAAUGCAAGGACGACCAUUGAAUUUAAUUCAAAAUAUAAGUCAUAUAAAAGCAUUUUUUGUUGAAUUAACAACAACAAAUGAAAAUCUAUUUACUCCCAUUAUAUUUAUUUCUAUUCCGAAAAACCCAAUUCGAUCAUUCAUGCAACAAGGUGCACCCGAUAUGCUUAUAACAAUAAAUACAAAGGGUGUUAUUGGAAAUAAUGGUUGGCAUUCAUAUGAUAAAUCAUCAAAUGGUAUCUUUACAUUUGAACGAGAUCCAGCAUUAGAAUUCGAAAGAAAUCGACUUACUAAAUUUACACCAUUUGCAUCUUCAGUCAAUAUAACUUCACAUCUUUUUGCUGUUUCAAAUGAUGGUAAAUUUAUAUUCAGUGGUGGCUAUUGGGAUUGGUCUUUGUGCAUUUAUUCUUUGCUUAAAUCAAAAAUAAUCAGUUCCAUUGUUCAUCAUACAGAUGUUAUAACAUGUUUAGCUUUAGAUUCAACGGGAUAUAUUCUUGUUACUGGUUCACGAGAUACAACUUGUGUUAUUUGGUAUUUGUCUUCGGAUGAUAAUGGACGUAUGAUAAAUAUGAAUGAUCAAGAUACAACAUCAAUAAUGACACCAUCAAGAACACUCUAUGGUCACAUUUCUGAAAUAACAUGUGUUUGUAUUUCAUCUGAACUUGAUCUUGUGAUUUCGGGUUCACUGGAUGGUACCUGUAAUAUUUAUACAAUUGAACAUGGAAUUUAUGUACGUACAUUACGACCCACUGAUGCUAGUAACGAUCCAAUUGUUAAUUUAAAACUAUCGGAUGAACGACAUAUUGUUGUGCAAACAAAAGAUGAUGAUACAAAUUUAUUUUUAUAUUCAAUUAAUGGUUAUCUUGUACGUACAAGAAAAUUUCAAUAUCAUGUUGUUGAUAUGAUAUUAAUUGAUCAAUAUAUUAUACUUGCUGUUAAUCAUAAUUCAACGUCGAAAGAAAAGCCGGAUGCAGCAUCAGCAGCAGUUGCAAGAAUUAUUAUUAAAGAUAUGUUCGAAAUGACUACAAUUCGAACCAUUCGUUUUCGAACACAGAUCAAUUGUCUUUGUUUAACAAAAGAUCUCAGUCAUUUAAUUAUUUCUGUCAAAGGCGGAAAAUUAUUUAUACUAACCACUCCAAGAAAGUAA